UCAGAAUGCCUAUAGUACCAGGCAAUUCUAGGCUGGUAACAUGACUGGUACCCGUGCAAUCCGCAAACGAGAACGCGUUUGUCCAUGGUGCUCCCGAUCCUUCACCAAAGAUGAGCAUCUUGCGAGGCACAUUCGGACACAUACUCGGGAGAAACCUUUCACCUGUGAGACAUGUCAGCGAACAUUUAGCCGCCAUGAUUCCCUUUUGCGACACGCGAGGCGCCACCGGUCCUGCAGCAUCCUUUCGGCUCCGGAGACGCGGUCAGAAAACCAGUCGCUCGAUUCUACCAAUAAUCAUCAACAUGCCACCCAGCAGAUAAGUCCUGUGCCGCUGUCGGCUCAGGACUUUACUGAAAUUCAGCCGCGCGCUCAACCUGAACAACCACGGCCCAAUGCAACUGCAUUCCUCAAUCCAGCGUCUGUCAACAACGGCAGCAAUAUGGAGACCAUUAUCCCCAACAGCAGCGUAACAAUUCCGCCCUCUACUGCGGGCGACUUGACAAGGGCCUCGGCAACAGACUUGCUUCUAACAGGAUCUUAUCCGGGUCCCGCUGCCGCCACUGCGGGCCUCGAUCUGACGUCCCACACUCCAACAUGGUUUGCCGGCGACGAUUUUGAUCUUGAUGCCUUUAAUGCAGCGAUCAUGUUUUCAACCACGUGCCCCUACCCAUCAGAUUUUGGACAGCUUGUCAAUGACGAGCCAAUAAAUUCGAUCAAUUAUAGUCACCAACCCUCUGUGGAUAAUCGGCCACCUCCAGUCGAAGAUCUUAUCCGAGACAAUUGGUUCAUCUUCGUCAAAGAGCCAGGCUCGGGAUCUAUGACACCAGAUAAUGCACCCGAACAAAUUCACGUCGAUGAAGCAUACCGGGAACGCCUCGUCGUUAAGCUACAGCACUCGGUUCCCAACCUUCCUCUUCCGUCAACGGAUUUCCUAAACCUUUGUGUACAGAUGUACUUUACCCGGUUUCAUCCCAUCUUUCCCGUCUUACAUGCUCCAACAUUCCGUCCAUCCGCCAAGCGCUCUCUAUUAUUACUGUCGAUAUGUUCUAUUGGGAGUCUAUUCUUGGGCUCGGCCCACGCCGCUUCUCAAGGCUUGAAAAUCUUCGAAACACUCAACAAAGCCAUCCUAUCAUCGUGGGAAAAAUGCAUAAUAAACGGAGGAUCAGAGGCCAUUGCAAUGGUUCAAGCGGCUCUACUUGGCCAAACCUUUGGCCUUCUGUCGAGGAGAAAGAAGGACUUGCUGACCGCACAGACCUUUCAUGGCACAGUGGUCGCGUGGGCAAGACGUUUUAACAUGUUCCGAAAUAGCUGUGCUUCCGACCACACCAACCAUAACCUCGUCGCGAACCAUCCCCAGAAGGCAUGGGAAACAUGGAUUCGUGUAGAAGAACGGAAUCGGGUCGCUGCGGGACUAUGUAUACAUGAUGUCGAGAUUGCCGAGCUUUCCCAUUCAGACCCCCUCCUGCGCAAUUGGCUCUUCAAAGUGCCACCGGUUUCCGACGAGAUUCUUUGGGGUGCCCCCACUGCCGACGUGUGGGCGAAAGCUAUGACUGGACUCCCAUCGCACUCGAUUUUAUGUAACGAGUACUCGCUGCUACAGACGCCUGCUAGCUUGCCAGGCAGGUCGGAUGUUGCGGACAAGGUUAUCUGGAACAAAGGACUACGCGCUUAUCUAGAACUGGAGGGGAUCGCAGCUUGUAUCAUCGAAGGCCGAGGUUUAGAGGAUUUCAGCCGAAGAGAACAAUAUACAGAGUCGCUUAUACAUCUCUACAACUCGCAUAUCAAGACCCAAAAGAAAGAGGGUCACGAUCUCUACUUACUAUCGGUCUUAUGGCACUCGGCCUUCAUUUCCCUGUAUGCCGAUCUCAAUAGACUGGAGCUGGCUGUUGGCAAAGAGGGUCAUGAUGAAGCGCAGCAGCAUCUGAAUUAUGUCCGCGAGUGGGCUUGCUCACAGGUUGGACAACGGUGUGCGCUUCAUGCCGUCAUGAUCUUGCGGGACCUUGAAGGAAUGAGACUGGGAACUGAGCCUCCAAUCCAUGUUCCCCGGAUUCUAUUUCGCGCGGCAAUCACUUGGUUCUGCUACAGCAAAUUCGGAACCGAUACCUUGGAACUUUCACAGCAGCUGCCCCUUGAUUUUGCCGAAUUCAAGAUCUUGGGUAUUAACUGCCGACGAUUGCUUUUUGAAGCCAAUGGCUACCGCAACUUCCGGCCGAAUACACCGGAAUCGUGUACCUUCCGUGGGCUUGUCGACAUACUUCAACGAGUGGGUCAUUGGGGUAUAUCGCAAAAUUACGCGUCUAUCCUAAGUUUACUUCUUCCUGAAGGGACCAAAGAUUAGAAAACAAGGGUAAUAAUCAUAACUAUCUCCUCCUUCACUCUGUUUUUUUUAUUCAACGAGGCAUGCAUCAUUCCCAAGCCGGAUAAAGUCUUUUGUACUUAGCGCCACUAAACCAGCUGGAUAUGUUGCUCAUAAUAAUUGAAUAU